AUGGGGGGCUUGCGAGUGAUGUCAUACCUGGCCUUAGCGAUUUUAAUCUCCCACGCAGAUGGACUGAGAACGUACAGAGACAUGUUCGCGCACAAACACUCGGUGAAGUUUCCCCCGAUUCCUGGAUGGUUCCCGGACAGCAAUCCGUGGGAUGACUACUUAUACCCGCCCUUCGGACCACACGAACUGCUACUGAGACGAAAAGGUAAACACGUCACCGUACACCUGACGAGCGACAGCCCGGCGAUGCAGGGCUCCAGCAUCACGUUCACCGCCGCGCUGGAGUACCCGAAGUGCCAGAAGGAGGACGCGAACGGGGAGCUGGUGUACGACGAGCACUGCGAGGACGCAAAUGGGCAGGUGCGUUUGGGGUAUGUGUUUAACCAGACGUCCUGGCUGGAUGACUACGGGUUUGGGAGGUGUUUGGACCGGUCCCGUUGUAACGUGUUCCCUGACGGGAGGCCCUUCCCCCAGAGCAACGACUGGAGACGCAAGAGCUACGUCUACGUGUGGCACACCAUGGGUCAGUACUUUGAGACGGCCAGUGGCUCCUCCUCCAGCCUCACUCUGAACACCAGUGGCGUGGCGUUGGGGGCGGGGCUGAUGGAGGUGAUGGUGUACCGCACGCGUGAACGCAGGAAGUACAGCCCCACCGCUGCUGAUCACGGCAUCUACUUCAUCACAGAUAAGAUCCCUCUGGCCGUGAAGCUCUCUCAGAAGCAGGCAGAGAACCUGACGGAGGGCGUGUUUGUGAGGGGUGCAGACUUGGUCCUGAACGUCAUGCUCCACGACCCCAGUGAGUACCUGAAGACGGCGGCUGCCGUGGACUACAUCUGGGACUUCAGUGACGGGAACCAGCUGGUCACCCAUAGCAACGUGGCCACACACGCCUACGACCACGCCGGAAACGUCACCGUCAAGCUGAUGGUGGAGGCAGCCUUCCGAAUGCCCUGCCCCCCCUCCCCACCCACGCCCAAUCCAACAGUCCCUUCAGGGACACACGCAGUCACAGGGAAAGUGGGACCAACAGCAGCCGCUACAACAGCAACAUUUCCCAGAACUACCGCUGGUGUUCCCAUGACGACUGCUGGUGUUCCCACGACGACGACGGCCAAAGCCAUGACUACGGGUUGCCGUGACGACGGCACUCCCCACGACAGAAGCCCCGCCCCCCACCUCACACACGCCCAGCUGGACCUCCAGCCCCGCCCAACCGAGUGCUACCGCUACCUGUACGGAAACUUCCAGAGGGAGAUCCUCAUCGUGGGUGAGGGGAAGCUGGCCGUGCUGAGUGUCCAGGCCAAUAAGAUCACAGACGUGUCCGCAGCCACAGUCACCAACACCACGGUCACCUUCCUGGUGAAGUGUCUGGGCAGUGCCCCCUCCUCCGCCUGCACCAUCAUCUCUGACGCCCCCUGCAGGCAGGUGAAGAGCAUGGUCUGUGAGGAUGUGGCGCGGGGGACAGGAUGUGAGGUCACGCUCAGACACACCUUCCUGCAGCCGGGCUCCUACUGCGUCAACAUCACGCUGGAGGGCGGGGCCAGCCUCGCCCUGGCGUCCACGCACGUCACCAUCCAGCCAGUGUUUAAAGGUCCACAGCCUGUAGAGGUGGUGCUGAGUGCUGCCGCUGUCCUGGUGGCCAUCUUUGGUUUCAUCGCCUUCACCGUGUACAAGCGCUACAAGGUUUACCGCCCAGUCAGACGGUCGCCGGCGGAGACGGAGGAGGGCGGGGUCAGGCUUCGUUUCGAGAGUCUGAGGAGCUCGCUGUUUCCCGCCAACGAGGAGAGGAGCCGUCUACUCAACGACAGGCUCCCGCUGUAGGCCACACCCACAAAACAUCUACACCCACCCUAGCCACACCCACCAAAUCGGCUUUAGCCCCACCCCUAUCCUAGCCACACCCACCACUGAUGCUGGCCACACCCACUCUAGCAACACCCACCAAAGCAGCUUCAGCUCCGCCCCCUGAAAGCUGCAGCCUAUGAGCUUGUAGAUUAGCGCUUUGGCCGUUGCUGCAUACAUGACCACGGCCCAGGGGGAUGCAGGAAUAUUA